GUGAACUGUGCCGAAAGCCUUCCUUCGAUUACCCCGAGCUGCGGCUGGGCUGAUGUAAAGUUACGUUUUCCGCAGCUGCUGAAUCAGAGCGGAAUAUACACCACCUACAGUAGAUUCUGGCGUUUCAUUUCCAUUUUUUUUAAAUAAAUAUUCUUCAGUUUCCACUUCUCAGCGGACUGUCGUAACACCUGGUCUGACAUGGCGACGGAGAUAACGAAAGGUGUGGAACAGGUCUCAUUGGGUGAGAUGUAUGUAUCGGACAAAUGUGGCAGUGACCAGGAUGGGGACGGCACGCAGCAGAAACCCUUCAAAACUCCUCUCAAGGCUCUGAUGUUCGCUGGGAAGGAGCCGUUUCCGACCAUCUACGUAGAAUCACAGAAGGAGGGAGAGCGUUGGGCCGUGAUCUCUAAGACGCAGAUGAAGAACGCAAAGAAGGCCUUUAACCGCGAGCAGAUGAAGUGCGAUGCCAAAGAAAAGAAGGAGGCAGAGGACAACGACAGGAGAGAGAAGAACAUUGAAGAAGCCAAGAAGAUAAUCAUUGAGAACAACCCCAGCCUGCCUACGCCUGAAACGGUUAAAAUCCAUCAUCUGGAGGCCAAGAGAGGGCAGAGAGUCAAAGUGUUUGGAUGGGUUCACCGCCUCAGGAGACAGGGGAAGAACCUGAUGUUCAUCGUCCUGAGAGACGGAACUGGUUUCCUCCAGUGUGUCCUGUCUGAUCUCCUGUGCCAGUGCUACAACGGCUUGAUGCUGUCCACAGAGAGUACUGUAGCUCUGUACGGGACUGUCACUCCUGUUCCUGAGGGGAAACAGGCGCCCGGAGGCCACGAGCUGCACUGUGACUUCUGGGAGCUGAUUGGCUUAGCUCCAGCAGGCGGGGCAGAUAACCUGCUGAACGAAGAGUCGGAUGUGGACGUCCAGCUAAACAACCGACACAUGCUGAUCAGAGGAGAGAACGUCUCCAAGGUCCUCCGAGUGCGGUCCACCGUCACACAGUGCUUCCGGGAGCACUUCUUCAGCCGCGGAUACUACGAGAUCACUCCUCCUACCCUGGUGCAGACUCAGGUGGAGGGCGGCUCCACGCUUUUUAACCUCAACUACUUUGGAGAGCAGGCGUACCUGACGCAGUCCUCUCAGCUCUACCUGGAGACCUGCAUACCUGCCCUGGGCGACACCUUUUGCAUCGCCCAGUCGUACCGGGCCGAGCAGUCCCGCACCCGCAGACACCUGUCUGAGUACACUCACAUCGAGGCCGAGUGUCCCUUCAUGACGUUUGAUGAUCUACUGAACAGACUGGAGGAUCUGGUGUGUGACGUGGUGGACCGAGUGCUCAAAUCCCCCGCCGCACCGCUGCUCUACGACAUCAACCCCAACUUCAAACCCCCCAAGAGGCCAUUCAAGAGGAUGAACUACAGUGAAGCCAUCGAGUGGCUCAGAGAGCACGACGUCAAGAAGGACGACGGCUCCUACUACGAGUUCGGAGAGGACAUCCCUGAGGCUCCAGAGCGGUUGAUGACAGACGCCAUCAACGAGACCAUCCUGCUUUGUCGUUUCCCGGCUGAGAUCAAAUCCUUCUACAUGCAGCGCUGUCCCGAGGACAAACGCCUCACCGAGUCGGUCGACCUGUUGAUGCCAAAUGUUGGCGAGAUCGUCGGAGGCUCGAUGCGUAUCUGGGACGCCGAGGAGCUGCUGGAGGGAUACAAGAGGGAGGGAAUCGACCCGACCCCGUACUACUGGUACACUGACCAGAGGAAGUACGGCACGUGUCCUCACGGCGGUUACGGUCUGGGUCUGGAGCGUUUCCUCACUUGGCUGCUGAACAGACAUCACAUCCGAGACGUCUGCCUGUACCCCCGAUUCAUCCAGCGCUGCAGACCCUGAAAACACACACACACACACACACACACACACACACACACAUGCACACAUCCUGUUACUAUAUCUGGAUCUAGCAUGUGGCAGCACCCUGUGAGCCAUACAAUGUGUUGCUACAAUAUUAAAUACAAUCGCAAGGAAUUCUGUUUUGUCCUUUUGGCUCAAACCUCAAGCAAGGUCCAUGCCUUCACUCCGACAGAGUUAGAUAUCACGUCUGCGUCAAACUUCACAGCUUCCUUUUUGUUUGUUCUGAAUUAAAACCUGAAUCAAAUCAUUGCUCGUUGGCCGAUUUCAAAUAGUAAACACUGUAGUUUCCUGUAAUUUUCUGCAAGUCCUGGAAAAAAAUGUCUCAAAUGUGGUCUUGAAUGCUGCUAAAUAAUAGCUCUUUCCACCUUAAAUUCAGUGUUUUCAACUUACUGUUUAUUUUAUUAACAUUGUUCAUAGGAUGUCCACUAUCCUGACUGUCUUGGGUGAAGUUUAUUCUCGUCAUUGGUGGGUUCAGACUUAAAUCACAAAAAACAACAGCUGCUUUUGUGCACUUUUCACGUAUUUGGGAACAUUUUACUUCUCAUCUGAAAUAAACCGCUAGGUCUAGAAAUCGAAGGUAGUAAAAUAACAUGGGUAGCAGCCUGUCCAUCAAAUUGGUUUAGAAAUUGGCAUUGGGGCUCAUUAUGUUUAUGUUUCUGCCUUUUCAUCUGAAAAUACUCAACUCAAUAAACUGUACUUGAAUAAAUGGGAUUCAAACAGA